AUGACAACUCUAAAAAAAUUAGAAGAAACUCAAAUUAAAAAGAUUUUCGAUAAGUUUGAUUAUAAUGGAAACAGUAUCUUGUCUCUCGCUGAAAUAGAUAAGGCUGUCCUUGAGCUUUAUCCACACUUUUCAAAAAAUAAACCCGUUAUCAUGCGAGCAUACAAAGCUGCUGAUAUUUCAAAGGAUGGUUAUAUCGAACUUUCCGAAUUCAAUCGUCUUAUCGAAUUUCUUUAUUACUACGAUGAGCUAUUUCAGUUGUUUAAGAAACUUGAUAAAAAUAAUGAUAAUCGUAUUAGUUUACAAGAAUUUAAGCAAGGACAUAAAAUUAUGGGGCUAGAGGGGUUAUCGAAUCAAGAACUUAAGAAGGCAUUUGAUGAGAUUGAUGUGAAUCACGGAGGGUAUAUCCUAUUUGAUGAGUUUUGUAUGUACGCUGCAAAGAAAAAAUUGAAUUCAAAAGGAAAUCCUCCAAAACCUUCGUCAAGACCAUCAUCAGUUGUAGGGUCAGUGAAAGGAUCAAGACCAUCAUCAGUUGUAGGGUCAGUGACAGGAUCAAGACCAUCAUCAGUUGUAGGAUCAGUGACAGGAUCAGUGACAGAAUCAAAAAAAUCAUCAACUGGAUCGAAAAGUCAUGAAACAAAAGGAUCGAUUUCUGGUUUGAAUGUUAUUGAUGAUGCUACUUCAGUUACUUCUACUUCAGAAUUUGCAGAUUUUACUAGAGAUGAUAUUAUAAUAAGAUCUCUUUAUAAAUUAUCAGAAGAUUUAACCAAUUUUUUAACCAAAUCAAAGGAAUUUGAUGUUAAAAUAAUAAUUGGAAAAGAAUCAGAUGUUGAAGAAUUUCAAGCACAUUCUUCUAUUCUUCAAGCUAGAUCUGCUUAUUUUAAUGCUGCUUUAUCCAAAAAAUCAGAAAAUAAUAAGACUGAAGAAGAUAAUUCAACUGUUUCUUAUUUUUAUUCAGCAUUAUCCUCAUUUAUGAGUUAUAGUGAUAGCGUUGAUGAAGAAAAUAUCACUAUUUUCAAAAAAGAAAACAUCUCACCUAAAAUUUUUAGAAUCGUUUUAGAUUAUAUAUAUGGUGGAGCCGUUGGAAUUAUCAAAACUAAUGAAUUGUCAUCACCCGAAUUUUUGGAUCUUCUUGAAACCUGUGAAGAAUUAGGAAUUCAAGGAUUUAGUGAAUGCUUACAACCAAUUUUCCUUGAAAAUCAUCAUGGAUGGAUUCAAGAAAAUUUAAUUACUCUUGAAAAAUUUUCUUCCAAACGUGAAGCUUUUCAUGAAAUUCAAAGAUAUUGCCUUGAUCAACUUUGUCAAGAUCCGGAUACUAUACUCAAAUCAGAAGAUCCUGGUUCGAUAGAUAAGAAAGUAUUACUCAGUUUCCUAUCUAGAGAUGAUUUAAUUGCAAAUGAAAUUGAUCUUUGGAAUUUCAUAAUUAAAUGGGGUAUUACACAAGAUUCAACUAUUAGUAAAGAUUCACCCUCAAAAUGGCCUAAAGAAGAUUUUAGUAAAUUGAAAGCUAACGUGAAUGAUUUAAUUCCUUUAAUAAGAUUCAAAUGGAUAACUUCAGAUCUUUUCUUUCAACAAGUUAGACCAUAUAAAUGGUUAUUUGAUGGUGAUAUAUAUGAAACCCUUAUGGAAUCUUAUAUGAUGGGUAAUAGUCCAUCUAGUCAAACUAAUACUCCAAUACUUCAAAAUCCUUCUAUGGUUCUACAAAAUGAACCAAAAGCAAGAGAAAAGAAUGCAAACCUUAUCAUUAACGAAAAUCUAAAAUAUGGAAGUCUUAUUUCGAGUUUUAUUGAUAAAAAACCAUUCAAACCAGAAUACCCAUCUUAUGUUUUUAAAUUGGUAUACCGAGGCACGUCUGAUCAUUUUUCUUGUGCAGCUUUUCAUGAAAAAUGUGAUAAUUUAGCAAAUACUUUAACAAUUGCAAGAAUUAGAGAGACAGGAGAACUUAUUGGUGGAUACAAUCCUGAAAAAUGGAAGAUUGCUGGUCGUAGUGUUAAAGCUACUUAUCCAAUUGAAUCUAAAAAAGCUUUCAUAUUCAAAAUUGAAAAGGAUAAAAUAGAAAAUUCCAAGCUUAGUCGAGUACAUGAUCAUUAUAAUGCAUUACGUCAUAAAAAAGAGACGGGACCAAAUUUCUGUGAUCUUAUAAUUUGUAAUAAAACUCCAACAAUUCAUUAUGAACAUCGCUUUUAUGAUAAAGAAUUAAAGAUUAAUGGAGGAAAUUUAGAUGAUUUUGAAGUAUAUAGAAUAUUCCCAAAACAAACAAAAUAA